GGGUGGCGGCAGCCUGAGGAGGAACAUGGCGCUCGUAGGCAACGGAGCAGAGCUGGAGGCGGACGAGGACAUCUUUGAAGAUGCAAUGGAAACCAUCUCUAUGUUUUCUCACACAGAUAUGGCAACAAGCAGCCGUCCCUUUGCAUCCUUUGAUACAAAACGGGCCUCUGGACGGCUCGGAUCGUCUAAUGUGAGCAGGUCAACAUCAAACAAGGUGGAUCUCAAGUGUGGCCUAGAAGAAUGUGCGGUGGCAUUGAACUUAUUUCUAAGUAACAAAUUUACAGAUGCCUUAGAAUUGCUUCGACCGUGGGCUAAGGAGAGUAUGUACCAUGCCUUGGGCUACAGUACUAUUGUGGUGUUGCAGGCGGUCAUGACCUUCGAGCAACAGGACAUCCAAAACGGCAUUUCUGCCAUGAAGGACGCAUUACAAACCUGCCAAAAGAAAAAAUGCACGGUUGUAGAAUCUUUCUCAAGUCUUCUUUCUAGAGGAUCACUGGAACAGCUGACUGAAGAGGAAAUGCAUGCCGAAAUCUGUUAUGCCGAGUGUCUCCUACAGAAAGCAGCACUCACGUUUGUGCAGGAUGAAAAUAUGAUCAACUUCAUCAAAGGUGGACUCAAAAUUAGGACAAGUUACCAAAUAUAUAAAGAAUGUCUUUCUAUCCUGCAUGUAAUUCAGAAGAACAAAGUUGAACAGCAGUUCUUCUAUGAGUUUGAAGGGGGUGUCAAGCUUGGAAUAGGUGCCUUUAACUUGAUGCUCUCCCUUUUACCAGCACGGAUUAUCAGACUACUAGAAUUUAUAGGAUUUUCAGGAAACAGGGAGUUGGGCCUCCUGCAGUUACAGGAAGGUGCAUCCGGAAGAAGCCUGAGGUCUCCACUAUGCUGCUUAACUAUACUAGCUUUUCAUACUUACAUCUCCCUCAUCCUUGGUACAGGAGAAGUGAAUGUUGUGGAAGCAGAGAGUCUCCUUGCACCCUUCCUCCAGCAGUUUCCAAACGGCUCCCUCAUGUUGUUUUAUCAUGCCCGGAUAGAGCUGCUGAAAGGGAAUGUGGAAGAGGCACAAGAGAUAUUUCGAAAAUGCAUUUCAGUUCAAGAAGAAUGGAAACAGUUUCACCAUCUCUGUUACUGGGAGCUGAUGUGGAUUUAUGUAUUCCAACAAAACUGGAUGGAGGCAUAUUAUUAUUCCGAUCUGCUUUGCAAAGAAAGUAAAUGGUCCAAGGCAACAUAUGUGUUCUUGAAAGCUGCAAUUUUGAGUAUGCUUCCAGAGGAGGAUGUAGUAACAACUAAAGAGGAUAUAGUAACUUUAUUCAGACAGGUGGAUAGUUUGAAGCAGAGAAUUGCAGGGAAAUCUAUCCCUACUGAGAAGUUUGCUGUAAGGAAGUCUCGUCGUUACUCUGCCUUGUUGCCUGCACCCGUGAAGCUCAUCGUGCCUGCCCUGGAAAUGAUGUAUGUCUGGAAUGGUUUUCCAAUAGUGAGCAAGAGAAGAGACCUUUCCGAAAAUCUGUUGGUCACUGUCGAAAAGGCUGAGGCUGCUUUACAAAAUGAAAACAUAAGCGACUACUCCGUGGACGACGACUGCUUAGUGAAGCUGCUGAAGGGCUGUUGCCUGAAGAACCUACAGCGGCCCCUGCAGGCCGAACUGUGCUUCAAUCACGUCAUCCAAAGUGAAAAGCUACUGAAGUAUGAUCACUAUCUAGUGCCAUUUACUCUGUUUGAGUUGGCCUUUUUGUACAAAAGCCAAGGGGAAAUUGACAAGGCCAUAAAGACCCUAGAAACUGCAAGAAACAACUACAAAGAUUACUCCAUGGAGUCCAGGCUACACUUCCGAAUUCAGGCAGCUCUUCACCUCUGGAAAAAAACUUCCUCCGAUUGAUCAGAACACGAAGGAUGGAGUUUCCCCUCAGUUAGCACUGACAUAUGCUCUAGAUUAGACCUUGUAUUAAAGUGGGAAAGUGAUCUUGUGAAUGAGAGACAAAAAACUAAUUUUAUUGUCAAUAUUUUUUAUCAUCUGUAUGGUUUACUGUUGGUCUGCAUAAAUGUUUUUUUUCCUAUGAAACAAUGUUCAAUGUUCAGUACUGUCUAGAAAAUUCUUAUAUUUUGCCUCUCCAAAAAGAAUUUCAUAUUAGAUUUGAAUUGGAGAGUAAAGAAGUCUUUUAAAGGACUCACAGGUACAAUAAAGUCUGAUUAGAUUAUUUAUUUUUUUAAUGUGGAAAUUUAUGUUUAAGUAGCAAAGCGCUGAUAAGUUGAGCCAUUUUUAGAUUUGUUGGUCAGAGAUAUUUUGUUGCCUAGUAUUUAAAUUUAAGAGGGGAAAUAAAAAUCACCUACAUUCAAAAUAGAUUAACAAUAACCUGAAGUCUCCUGAACAAGACAGGCGUGAAUAGGGAUAGGAUAGUGUCCUUAAUGGGUUGAAGGGAACUGUAUCUAGAAAAGAUGGUGAAAUAUUAGGUUUUGGGGUUUUUUUAUUCUUCAUGUAAGUUAAAGGUGGUGACAUUUUUGAGCGACUAUCCUUUUUUUGAAUGUACUUAAAUCUAUUAUAAUAACAAAAUUCAAAAAACUCUGUCUAAAGGGAAGAAAAAGUCAUAUUUUAGAAAUUAUCCUCAACCUUAGCCAUGAGAGUCUAAAAUACAUACGUUGAUUAUUUUUUCUAUAGGAAGCAAAGUUCCUGCUGCUUUAAAUGGUAUGUAAAAUAUCAAUAAUUUUUAUACUCAUGAUGUUGGUGAGUAAGAUCUAAUUUUCUAAUAUAUCUAGCACUGUGAUGGUUCCUUGUAAAUAUCUGGACCAUGCUUUGUCCUUUAUCUGGGAAACACAAUCAGGGCAGAAUGCAGGGGAGAGCCUGGCUCUGGUACUGCUUAGCAGUCACUGGGGUGACCUUUAGGGAGCCCCCUGCUCUCUGCAUCAGCAUAUUUUCCUCAUCUGUGAAAUGGAAAAAGAACAGAUGAAUUUUCAAGGUCUCUUUUGGUUUUAUAACUGUGAGUCUGUGUAUUAGGCAUUUUCAGCAAACAGUGUCAAACUGUUUAACUCAAGCUGUUAGCACAAAGUGUGUGUCUUAUUCUACAAUCAUCUCUGUCUACCCCCACUCCGCCCCCCAUAUGUUGGGGUUAAUGACAGGAUUGCAUCCAGGGCGAGGAAAAAUAAUUCAUGGAUCCAUAAAUCAGGGUGUGGUCCUAUUUCUGUUCUAUUUUGAAGAGUAACUUAUCAUGGAAACCUCUGUGGUUUAACAGAACAUCCCCAGAUUGGGAUCUGGAGCCCACCUGUGGUAGUCAGUAGUUCCUUGACAUGGAUGGAGUAAGUCCUUCAUUCUUUCUGUGACUCCAUUUCCCCGGGAGGGGGUGCGCGAAAGCAACACAACUGCUUGGUGCUCGUGGCGGCUCAAUUAGAUGAUGCGUAGGAUAGCUUUUGGUAAACUGUGAAAGUCUAUAUGAAUAUAUGAGUUGCCGUAAUAAUAAUGGUUUUUAUGCACUGAUUACAAUACCAACACAAAAAUAUUGGCUGAGUUUGUGGCCUCUGCUGUAAAAUGAAGGAAGUGCAGAAAUUCAAACACCUUUAAAUUGUGUUUGUCAGUGUUUGUCACUGACAAUAACCCAGAUUAUGAAUUUGCUCCUUGCUGUUCAUUCCCUGCUACGUGAGUCUGCACCCGGCAGGUAUUUUGGUCUUGUUUUCUUUAAGGUGCUAAUUCUUGACCAAUACUGAAGAUACGUUUCCAGUGGAAGAUGAUUAAUACAACUUGAGUCAGAGAACUAGCCCUUCAGAGAGCAUGGUGGGAGCUCUCACUAUGUGCUAUUAAUACGAAUUACGUAGCUUUAUUUUAGGUCCAGGCGAGAGGAAAUAAAAUGAACUGUUAUUACAAUAUCAGCAAUGAAAAUAUGUUUAAUAAUUAUUUUGUAUACAACUUGAGAAAUAGGUUAUAAAUUCCAUAGAAGAGCUUUGGUAGCAUUACUUUUUUAAAGUAUAAAUACACCCACGUUGUUUUUGUGAGAAGCUGCAGGUCACAGCGAAAGUCAGUAAAAACUUAUCUUUCUGGUAUAAUUUGAAAACUAUAUGAGCUAUUGCGGUUAUUUUUAUUUUAUUUUAACUCUGCAUUACCAAACAAAUAUAAAAGAAAUUCCUGUAUCUCAUUAAAAU